AUGAGAAGAGUUACUGUUUUUGUGAACGGGACGUCCAAAAAUGGCAAGGUUGUAGCUGUGUAUGGGACCUUGACUGACCUGUUAUCUGUAGCAACCAAUAAGUUGGGAAUCAGAGCCUGUAAUUUAUACAAUGGAAAAGGUGGUCUUAUAGAUGACAUAGCGCUCAUCAGGGAUGAUGAUGUUUUGUAUGUCUCAGAGGGAGACCCCUUUUUUGACCCACAGAAUGAUGUCAGGGCUAGAGACGAUCGGCCUGGGGCACACACCGAUUGGCUGACGCUUAAUAUUGGAGGGCGUCUCUUCACCACCACACGGAGCACCUUGGUCAGCAAGGAGCCAGAGAGCAUGCUUGCUCACAUGUUUCGGGAGAAAGCUGUAUGGGGUAACAAGCAGGAUGAAUGUGGGGCUUACCUGAUUGAUCGCAGCCCAGAAUACUUCGAGCCUAUUCUUAAUUACCUGCGACAUGGCCAGCUCAUUAUCAAUGAAGGAAUCAAUUUACUUGGGGUUUUGGAGGAGGCCCGUUUCUUUGGAAUUGAGCAGCUUGCUGAGCAGUUGGAAGUAGCAAUAAAGAAUAACCAGACACCUGAGGACCACUCUCCCAUCUCUCGCAAGGAGUUUGUUCGGUUUCUGCUGGCUACACCCACCAAAUCAGAGCUCCGCUGUCAGGGACUUAAUUUCAGUGGUGCUGAUCUCUCUCGCCUCGACUUGCGCUACAUCAACUUCAAGAUGGCCAACCUGAGUCGCUGCAACCUGACGCAUGCCAAUCUAUGCUCUUCAAACCUGGAGCGCGCUGACCUGUCUGGGGCCAACCUCGAUGGUGCUAACUUGCAGGGUGUGAAGAUGCUCUGUUCAAAUGCUGAGGGGGCGUCUCUCAAAGGAUGCAAUUUUGAGGACCCAUCUGGACUCAAGGCCAACUUAGAGGGUGCCAAUCUGAAAGGGGUUGACAUGGAGGGAAGUCAGAUGACCGGAAUUAACCUGCGUGUGGCCACUCUCAAAAAUGCUAAGCUGAAGAACUGUAACCUGCGGGGUGCCACUUUGGCAGGAACCGAUCUUGAGAACUGUGAUCUGUCUGGCUGUGACCUACAAGAGGCCAACUUGAGAGGGUCCAACGUGAAGGGGGCCAUUUUUGAAGAGAUGCUGACUGCAUUGCACAUGUCUCAGAGUGUUAGAUAACUCUCCUGCACAUUCCACCUGGGUUCAGGCUGGUUAAUCUCAUGGAUGCCUGGCAAAGGUCUUCAUUUGCCAGCCAAUCCCACCCACCCCUAUUUUCAAGCUUCUUGGACCCUUGUGCAAUACAGGUAGUUUUAUGCACAUCCCUGGCAUUCCAGCUCAUAUACUAGCUUUAAAUAAUUUGCACUAGAGCACAUUCAGGGAUAUUUGUUUCUGUUAUGUAGUGGACGCUUUUACCUGCCUUUCCUUAUUUAUCCCCAAAACCAAAAUAUUUCAUGUAUGUUUACUAUUAUGUCUGGAUUCAAUCCUACCUUAUUACUAUUGUUUUUAAAUUCUAGAUGUAUACACACUUGAUUAUUUAACGCAACAUCUCUGAAAGUCAAAGAUUAUUAAACUAGUAAGUGCAUGAAGGUUUAAAGUAACAAUAUAAGGGCAUGAUGGGACUGUACAUUCUUAUCAAUGUACUUAGUUUUAUGCCAGAUAUGCUUUAUGAUUAGGAUAAUGUUUUUUUUUUCUAAGCCAAAGCCAUACUGUAGCAUGAUAAAAAUGGCAAAAGAGUUUGCUGUUAUUGCACCACCUAAUUAUGCUGUGGAUUUCAUUUUUCUUAUAAUACUGUGGCUGUUGAAACAGAAUUUCAAGAAUGCAAUGUACUCUUCCUUGAUAAUCACUGAAGUCAAAAGCUGCCUCUUGUGUUGUUUGGUGUUCUCUGUCAAUCUACCUCCUUAUUUUUUACCGCUUUCUGAUUUAUAUCUAGUUGCAUGCAUUUCAUGGUGGUUUUUGCCUCUUGUUGUAUGAAAACCAUUAUUCAUCAUAUCCAAAUAUGAUAAGCAAAUAAUCAAAGUGAAUAAGAUAUUUUUUAAUAGUGUUACUGUCAUGUUCAAGCUUGUGGAUCACCUACUUGUACGAGGAAGAUGGUUGUAUAACAACACUCACAUCACAAUGAAUUGCAUAUAAUUCAAUCAUGUUUUGAAGUUAUACUUUGCACAAAUCUGUCUUAAAUUAAACAUUUUGUUCACUAACUUCUGUUUUACUUACUCGCAGGACACCAAAAAGUUGAAUGUGGUGCUUGUAGUGUUUUUUUUAAAUUUAUUUUUUGUUUUUUCCAGUGCUUACAAAACUUGUGUGUUUUAUAAGGAUAGCAAAACAUUAUCACUGCUGGACUGUGAUUUUAACAAUCUCAGUUUGUUUAAGAUUUUUUUUGCAUGUUUAAAGACUGUAUUUUACCAGUCUAAGACUGCAGAAUUGUUUUCUAGGUGUAGCUGAAACCUUUUUGAGAUGCAAUAUUCUCUCUCUAUACUCUAUUCCACAGUAGGUACUCUUUUGUCGUGAUAAUGAAGGCAAUCAUAAAGAAUAUUGCACCUUGAGUGUGGAGAUCGUCAGUAUCAAGACCUUGUAGAAAAGAACAAUGGUUAUUUAUUUUGAUAUAACAUAUUGAAGAAAUAUGGAAUGAAAGUUAGUUCAAGACUGGGGUGUUUCUCUUCCUCCCCUGUCUAUAAUUAUUGCACAAAAAUGUAUUUCAAUAAA